GCUCAGUUCCACUCCUGUGCGCGCUUCAGGAUCCCCGCCACCAGCGGUAGGAUGUCGUGGAACCUGCAGUACCGCACCUCCAAGUUCCGCCACGUGUAUGGCAGACCAGCCAGUAAGGAGAAAUGCUAUGACUGCGUGCCCAUCACCCACAACGUCCACGACAACCAGUUCUGCGCUGUAAACCCCCACUUCAUUGCAGUGGUGACUGAGUGUGCGUGCGGGGGGGCCUUUGUUGUCAUUCCCAUACACCAGACAGGGAAGCUUGACCCACAUUAUCCCAGAAUAUGGGGUCACAGAGGGAAUGUUCUGGACAUCAAGUGGAACCCAUUCAAUGACUUUGUAAUAGCUUCAUGUUCAGAAGAUGCCACAGUGAAAAUCUGGGAGAUCCCCAAGCCCUUGCUAACAAAAACCAUUACCAGUCCGAAGAAGGAACUUCUUGGGCAUGUUCGAAGAGUUGGUCUCAUUGAAUGGCAUCCCACUGCUAAUAACAUCCUCUUCAGCUCUGGGUAUGACUACAAGAUAAUGAUCUGGAACCUUGACACCAUGAAGACCGUCAUCUCAAACCCAGUGAAGAUCCUCAAUGCUCACAGGGAUGUGGUCCUUUCUAUGUCAUUCAACACAGAUGGCAGUCUCCUUGCCACAGCCUGUAGGGACAGAAAGAUACGUCUGAUAGACCCUCGUGCAGGAACAGUCCUACAGGAAGCCAGCUACAACUCUCACAAAGCCAAUAAAGUCUUGUUCCUUGGAAACAUGAAAAAACUGAUCUCUACUGGAACAUCUCGGUGGAAUAAUAGGCAAAUUGCAUUAUGGGAUCAAGAUGACCUUUCUGUGCCUUUAUUGGAGGAGGAUCUGGAUGGCUCCUCAGGAAUCCUAUUUCCCUUCUACGACUCAGACACACACAUGCUUUAUGUGGUGGGAAAGGGUGAUGGAAAUAUACGGUACUAUGAGAUAAGCCCUGAGAAACCAUACCUGUACUACCUGAUGGAAUAUCGUUCUCAUUUACCACAGAAGGGAAUGGGAAUGAUGCCAAAGAGAGGCCUUGAAGUGUCAGCUUGUGAAAUCUUCCGUUUCUACAAACUGAUACCUACUAAAAGCAUGAUUGAGCCCAUCUCCAUGAUUGUGCCUCGACGGUCGGAGUCAUACCAGGAAGACAUCUACCCUUUGACGACAGCAGCCCAGCCAGCACUUACAGCACAAGAGUGGCUGAAUGGAGUUAACAAAGGACCUCUCUUGGUAUCCUUGAGACCAGGCUCUGGAGUUGUGAAUUCCUUACCACAGCUUUCUGAGCCAGAGCCACCCGCAAAGACUGAUGACCUGAGCCGGCACCAGGGCUGGGGAGGAAGGAUGCCGCUGGAGGAUGUGCAGGAGCCAAAUGAGAUUGAACAUAGAAGAAAACUUCUCAGAGUGGAGGAGAAAUUGCCAAAAAAUGAGCAAAUGUGCCUCUCCAGUAGCUUUGACAUAUUUGAGUGUCCACCACCCAAAACAGAAAAUGAGCUUUUGCAGAUGUUUUACCGACAACAGGAAGAAAUCCGUAGACUACGUGAGCUGGUAAACCAGAGAGAUGUUCAAAUUAAACAGAUGAAGCUGGAAAGUGGAAACUUCUCUAUGGACACAGACAGUUACUGAGGGUGCUGGCCUCCAGCUCUUGGCACCCCUGACAACUGCAGCAGACUCCUGUUUCUGUGGAUGACUCCUCCUAGUGUUUUUGCUGGGGGAAAAAAAGAUGUGUCAGGCAGCAUGGACUUCCCUGGCUUGUGGUGGUUGUAUUUCCCUAAUCAUCACCAGACAGUUACUUAUGGACUUGCUGUGCUUCUCCAGGCUCCCCUUGCUCGCAAGCUCACUUGUGUCAGAAGCUCAUGCAUUAAUGCUAGUGAGACACUUUGGAAAAUCUUGCUCUUCGGAUCCUGGAGAUCCUUUAGGAACAACCUGUAUUGCUGUUCCUCCACAUGACAUCAAGAUGGACACUGAAGGCAGCUACCAGCUUCUUUUCCCACUCCUGGACUCAGCAGUGCGGCUCCUGUGGCUGCUGUCCUCCUACCCUGGGAGACCACUCUGCAACUGAGCUUCACAGGCACCUCUAGCUCCCAAGUGAUCCUCAUGCACCACUCUUGCCUCAUGGCUCGGCCCUAAACCUGAGUGGCUGGGCAAAGCGAUAGCUGCCCUUAACUUGGAGAUAGUCCUGCUCUGAGCGGGAGGCUGCACUGGGGCU